CCGUCAGAAGACGAUGGAGGAGUGGGGGAGGUUCUAAUGGAGUUCUAAAGUGAUUGAGAUCCUGUUGUUGUUUUUUCAGCUUUUGCCGUGAUUUAAACAUUUUCGAUCAGUUAUCUGGCAUUCAGCAGAAUUCGGACUGAAUUUUAAUACAGUUUUGUAAGUGUAAGUUGGAGAAAAGCUAUUUGUGAACUGGAUAUACGGCUUUUCUGUGGAAGGGUGUGUGAAUCCUUUUGGGGAGUUUUCCUUGACUUCCUUCUUUUGUGACUCAACUUACACACAUAUUCACGGAAAUCGCAGAUUGUCGCAAAUUCAAGCACUAUGGAAGCACAAGCAAAACACGACUUCAAUGCAACAGCGGAGGAUGAGCUGAGCUUCCGAAAAGGACAAGUUUUAAAGAUUCUAAAUAUGGAAGACGACAUGAAUUGGUACAGGGCAGAACUGGAUUCCAGAGAAGGACUUAUCCCCAGCAAUUACAUUGAAAUGAAACCUCACGAGUGGUAUUAUGGAAGAAUCACAAGAGCGGAUGCUGAAAAACUCCUCUCCAACAAACACGAAGGAGCCUUCCUUAUCAGAGUCAGCGAAAGUUCACCUGGUGACUUUUCGUUAUCAGUAAAAUGCUCAGAUGGAGUGCAACACUUCAAAGUACUGAGAGAUGCACAAGGCAAAUUCUUCCUUUGGGUUGUUAAGUUUAAUAGUCUGAACGAGCUUGUCGAGUACCAUCGCACAGCAUCAGUUUCUCGCUCUCAAGAUGUAAAAUUGCGAGACAUGGUCCCAGAAGAGUGCCUCGUGCAAGCUUUGUAUGACUUCACGCCACAGGAGCCUGGAGAGUUGGAAUUUCGCCGAGGAGAUGUCAUCACUGUCACCGACCGUGCUGACAAACACUGGUGGAGUGGAGAAAUAGGCCCCCGCAAGGGCCUCUUUCCUGCCACCUACGUAACUGGUUAUCACUCGUAGAGACGCUUCCUUCCUCACCCCCUUGUGCUGCGCCUUUUCGAUUCUUGUAACUGUAUCUCCUUACCCGUUAGCAGCCCCAUUUCAUUUGGUGCCUUGAAUAAUUGAUAUAUCUGACAAUUUUUGUGGUCAAAAUACUACCCAGGCUCCUACUUUUGCCUGUUUCGUCGUAAAAUAAUUUUCCUGCGCUCUCAUAAUUAGUAUUAAGCAGAAGUACAACAAGGAAUUUAGUUUGUAUAUUUUUUCUGCCAACUCAGUCACAAUAACUUUCUUUUUAAGCUCUUAUCGUUUCUCAUGAUGUAAUUUCUUCACCUUUUGCUUCAUUGUAGCGAUUUCAUAAUUUCAUAAUAAUAUAUCUGGGCAUUUCACAAUUUAUUAUUUCCGAAGUUCUUUUGCAUUUCUAUUAACCAUACAACGCAUGUUAUGAUUGAAACUCCUGCAAGUGCAAUAUUUACCUAGGGAAAAUCUCAUUUUUGCUCGCACAUCAAUUUUAAAAUAUUUUGGCCAAUUAAUCUGUCUUUUCACCUCCUCUCUGCUGCAGAAAUCAUUCUCGCACCAUCAUAAACAUGCCACAUUCUACCAUUUACACAGGGCUGGAAACACGCUCUGGCAAACAGAACAGUGUAAUUUAAAUAGCCACAAACUGACGCAAUUGUUAAGACAUAACUACAAUGAUGAUACGCCCUUAACUUGCUGGCGAUGGAAGUGUCAAGAAGUACUAAGUCUGACUAAAAUAUUGUGGUAGUGACCAAAUUAAACCAAUCGGCACUACCUGAAUCGUUUCCAGAAACACAGCCGUAACUGACAAUUAUUGAUUUCUUUUUUGUGUGGUUUGGUGCAUAAAUACGUAUUUCGUUUAAUUUCAACGUGAGAAUAACCUGCCAUUCUUUAAAAAACGUGAUGGAAAGUGUGCUAUAAUUAUGAUGACGAAAGAGGCAAAUUUUUGUAUAAAUUUUUUAUGCAAUCUCAUAGCAAGUAUGACUAUGUAAAUUAGUGAUAAUAAUAGUUUAUUGAUCGGCUUUAAGAUAUGUUGAAUGCACCACGUUGGAUGUUAAUGAGUUGUAAAAAGUAAGGGGAGAAUUUUAAUUCUGUUGUUACAAACGCGCAAAAUUUAGCCUGCAAAACUAAUUUCUAUAAUGGAUUGAUCUAAUGCAAUGCCACAGUUUGUUGGACGUAACAAAAUGCUUCUCUACUGCGAGACAAAAGAGGAAUGAAGACAAAGCGUUGUGAAGGCUCAAAAUGCUGCAAUAUACACUAUAUAUUUUGAUUGUGAGGCUGCUCUGCCUCAGCAGAGUUUAUAACUAUGUCUUAUGUACCAGAUUUUCUAAAACAGUAAUGUUCGGAUUGGUUUUCCCGGAGCGGAUGUGUAAAUAAUUUACUUACUCUUCAAUGUCAAUAAAGUAAUGAUAUCAUUGUAAGGAA